GAAUGUUUUUUAAAAACAAUUUGCACCAUUUUAACGAAUAUAUUUAUUUUAAUCAAGUUUUAGUCUCACUACCUCCAAUAUGGAGGGGUUCUCACGACUAAUAAUAGCGACAAUUAUAUUAUCAACAUCCUCGGUAUUGGAAGGAUGCAAAUCCAAACCAGGUGAUGGCAUGAUGGACAAGAGGCUUGAAAUAGCAGAUUUUUUUGACAAGUGCCUGAUGUCAACAACGGCAUCGAUGAUAGAAUCAUCUCGUACUGUUAUAGAUUAUAUUAUUCACGACAGCAAAUGGUUUACAGAUGUGAAAGGCUCUGUAUGCGAGGGCGAUGAAAACACUCCCGAGUGCUGGAUUUCUUCGCUCAUGUUCGUGUUGGACAUUCGGUCUCCGCUUUAUGUAGCAACUGCCAAAUGCAUUUGCGAAUAUGCCGGAACAUGCCAGCCUUUCAUGGAAGAUAAGGCAUCGUAUGGUUCCAUGUCAAGCUCUCAUGAUGAACGUGGAUGUACCCCACCACCUAAACGUCGUAUGACUUGGAUAAAAUCAACGUUUGCCACUUGUAUUGCCCAAGAAGCUUCAAAAUUUAAACCAGGAUAUGAUAUUUCGGGAUACCAGAAGGGUUCCUCUAUUACAAAAUUUAUGCAUGAUCACUACACGUACUGUAGGUCAAAUCUCACAAUAAUGUACUCACUUGAUCAACGUUUAACAUUGCAAAUUUUGUAUCUCGACCAAGUCUGUCCAAGACAGGGAGAAAAAGCGAUGUGGAGAAAUGAUGUAUUGGAUGUGUUUGAAGAUGCGACAAGAGAAGAUUCUCCUAUGUGGGAUGCAGGAAGAAAUUGCAGAAGAAAAAUCUAUGAUAGCGGGGACAAUUGCAACCGAAAGGUUUGCCCAGAAAACAGUAGAUGCAUUCAUAGCAAUGGUUAUGCGACUUGCGCUUGCAACGAAAAUUACAGACCAGCGGCAGAUGGAUCAUGUGACGCAAUUUCCGUCGAUGUAUGCUCCGGUAAGAAAUGCGGACCUCGCGAAAGAUGCUUUGAUUACAGAGGAAGAGCGUAUUGUUUAUGCAGCGUUGGAUACCUCAGGACACAAUCUGGUGGAUGUCAAGAUCCUUGUGAUGGAGAUGCUUGUAUGAACGGAGGAAUAUGUGAAAGACCAACAUCUACAAGACCAAAUAGAAACUGCAAAUGCCCCGGCGGAUAUGCCGGGACUCGAUGUGAGAUAGACACAGCAAAUCAAUGUUCAAGAAGAGGACAAUCAUGCCACAUGAAUGCUCAGUGCAGAAUGAUAUCGACGAACAACUUCCAAUGUAGAUGUAAUAGUGGAUAUGAAGGGGACGGAAUUCAAUGCGAUAUGAAGUCGACCGAUCCUUGUAAAACUCGGGAUGGAAAAUCUUGUCAUAUGAAUGCUAAUUGCCAGGAGAGAGGACAGAUUUACAUGUGUAUCUGUAAAGAUGGUUUCAAAGGAAAUGGCUUCUCUUGUACAGAAAUGGGUAAGUGCGAAGUAAGAUACAGGAGAAGUUGCGGAAGAAACGCACGAUGCGAGCAAGAUUCGGUUAGAGGAUACAUGUGCAAAUGCGUCAAUGGAUAUAUUGGAGACGGCUUUUCAUGUCGAAGAUCUACUGUUCCACUCGGGGAGCAGAAGUAUUGCAUUGAAAUUAAAUCGUCGGAUGCUGAUCGUGUAUUAGAUAAUCCAAAUUGGUUUAAAAAUUUUGUCGACAAUUUGAGUGCAGAUCUAAAUAGAAUAUGGAGAAACUUCGCCGGCUUUAUGAGAGCAGAAUAUGGCGCAGAAUACAGAGUAAUGCCAAAUGGAAGAGUUCAAGCUACAUUGACUGUCACAAUCUGGGUAUCAUUAACGGAACGAGGCGGAACUGUACAAGUCGAAGAUCUUAUUCAACAUUAUGUGUUGAGUUCAGCAAGAAAGAAUCAAUUCAUUGGAACUCCAACUGCAUGCGGUAUUAAGCUUGAAAAUCAUUGUCAAGCGAAUCUUGGUAAAAAAUGUGGUGAAAAUGCCAAAUGUGUGAGGACGUUGAGAGGAAAUUAUGAAUGUAAAUGUAUCGAUGAAUAUUCUGGAGAUGGAUUCCUUUGUAGAAGGAUUGCAACGGAUCCAUGCAGUAAAAAUCCAUGUGGGAAUGGAGGCAAUUGUCUUAUUGUUCCUGGUGGAUAUCAAUGCCAAUGCAGAGUGGGAUAUACCGGGAAUAAAUGCCAAAAUGCUCCACGAUGCCUUGGAGAUAAAAGAUAUACAGACUGCGCCUCGCUGUGUCAAGAUCACUGUGGGAAAAGACAUGAAGCAUGUGUACUGAUUUGCGAUGUAGAAAACUAUUGUGAAUGUCCUCCUGGAACUAUAAUGCUUAGUGAGGGUUCUAGCAGAUGUGUUCGACCAGAGGAAUGUCCCGAUUCAGCUCCAAAUGCAUGUGUGCCAAAUCCAUGCUUGAAUAGCGGCUCAUGUCGAAGGCAAUCAGGAGACAUGUACACAUGUGACUGCAGAGACGGAUACACAGGGAAAUUGUGCGGAACACUUCCAAAUCCAUGUGAUGCAAAUCCAUGUGGUAAUGGUGGAAGUUGCAGACGAGUUUUUGGCGGAUAUGAAUGCAACUGCAUUAAUGGCUAUACAGGAGAAAAUUGCCAGAUAGAACCAAAUCCAUGUAGACCGAAUCCUUGCGGCAAUGGAGGGAUAUGCACUGCAGUUCUAGGUGGCUACCGAUGUGAUUGUAACAAUGGAUACACUGGAAGAAACUGUUUUAUAGAACCUCGUCUCGAUCCAUGCGACUCAGAACCGUGUCUGAAUGGAGGAAUAUGCAGAUCAUUGGGACCUCGAAGAUAUGAAUGCGAAUGCAUCAGAGGAUAUGGAGGGCUCAACUGUCAGAGGGCUCCGAAUCCAUGCAAUCCGAAUCCAUGCUUGAAUAGAGGUACAUGUCGAAGGCAACCAGGAGGAUAUACAUGUGACUGUAGAGAUGGAUAUUCAGGAAGAUUGUGCGGGACAGAACGCACACUUUUCCCCGGCGAGAGAACAGUGGGAGAAUAUUGUCUCCAAAUUAAAUCAAGAAACGCCAGACAAGCUGUUGGAAAUCGGAAUUGGUUUGAUAAUUUUGUCAAAGAUUUGACAGAUGAUUUAAAAACAAUUUGGCAGUCCUUCAGUGGAUUCAUGAGAGCUGAGUUUAGUGCUCAAGCUCAAACCAAGGCAAAUGGAAUGGUGCAAGCCACUUUACAAGUCAGGGUUUGGGUAGAUUUAUCAUCUGUUGCAUCAGGAUUUCAAAUAAAAGAUCUGAUUCAGCAUUACGUACAGAGUUCAGCAAGAAAAUCUAAUUUUAUUGGGAGACCCUCUGAAUGCGGUUCAGACAUUUCAACAAUAAGAAACCCGUGCACACCAUCUCCAUGUCAAAACAGAGGUACGUGUGUUCCAUCUGGACAAGGAUAUACAUGCAGAUGUACAAGAGGAUACACUGGCAGAAACUGUGGACAAGUUAUAAAUCCAUGCGAUGCCGAACCCUGUCAAAAUGGUGGAAGCUGUAGGCAAGUACUCAAUGGUUAUGUUUGUACUUGUUUGGAUGGUUACAUAGGAGAAAACUGUCAGACAGCUCCUGCAAAUCCGUGCAGAAGAAAUCCAUGUUUGAACGGGGGCAAAUGCAGAAGAGAUGGUACAGGGUAUCAAUGUCAAUGUGAAGGUGGAUAUACAGGAAGGAAUUGUGGAAGGGAGCCUAUUAAUCCCUGUGAUCUGAAUCCUUGCAUGAACGGUGGAAUCUGUACUGUUGAUGGAAUCGGAUAUCGAUGCAGAUGCAUGGCAGGAUACACAGGAACUAUUUGUGAAACAGAAUCCAAUCCUUGUCGACCAAAUCCUUGUCAAAAUGAUGGAAGAUGCAGGCCAAUGGUUGGUGGUUAUGUCUGUACAUGUGCCGAGUUAUAUGGAGGAGAAAAUUGUGAAAUACGUAUAAAUCCAUGCGAUGCCGAACCUUGUCAAAAUGGUGGAAGCUGUAGGCAAGUACUCAACGGAUAUGUUUGUACAUGUCUAGAUGGUUACAGAGGAGAAAACUGUCAGACAGAGCCAAUGAAUCCAUGCGAUGUGAAUCCUUGCAUGAAUGGUGGAGUUUGUGAUGCUGAAGGAAUGGGUUAUCGAUGUAGAUGCAUGUCAGGAUACGCUGGCAGCAAUUGUGAAUCAGAAUCUAAUCCGUGUCGUCCGAACCCUUGUCAAAAUGGUGGAAGUUGUCGUCCGAUGGUUGGGGGUUACGUUUGUACUUGUGCAGGAUUAUAUGGAGGAGAAAAUUGUGAAAUUCCUCUCAAUCCCUGUGAUGUGAAUCCUUGUGAAAACGGAGGUGUUUGUGUGCCAUCAUCAGAUUUUAAAGAUUACACAUGCGAAUGUGUAGAAGGUUACGGAGGCAUGAAUUGUCGUCAAGUUUUCUCUAGUCCUUGUGUACCGAAUCCUUGUCUUAACAAUGGAGUAUGCACGGCAAGAGGUCAACGCUAUACAUGUAAAUGUGAAGAAGGGUACUCUGGAAAGAAUUGCAAGAAUGUCAAACGCGAAAGACGUGCAGUCUGCCGAGCUUGGGGAGACCCGCAUUACAAUUCAUUUGAUAAAAGAGGAAGAGGAGAUUUCCAGGGAUUGUGCCCACACGUAAUGGCUGAAACCAAAUCGAUAUCCAUGUCCAAUAGUAGAUGGUUCAGAGUCGUAGCAGAAAACGAAAGACGGCAUAAAAAAAUGGACGUUUCUUGGCUAAAAAUGGUUACGGUUUAUCUUGAUGGCGGUAACACAAUGAUUGAAAUUCAUAAAGACGGAACAGUCAAGGUUAACGGAAACAAAGUAGUAGAAGGAGAUCUUCCUGGAUAUAAAAUAGAAAGAUCUGGGAGAGAUGUUAUUGUAACAACAGAACAUGAUGUAUGUAUUUCAUUUAAUGGAAACGGCAUGACCAUUAAAGUUCCGAAGAACUACAUGGGGCAGGUCAGUGGAGUUUGUGGAAACUUCAACGGUGAACCAGAUGAUGAUUUGAUGAUGGACAAUGGUUUGAUGGCAAAGAAUUUUGACGAAUUUGUCCUAAGCCAUCUAUUUGGCGACUGCACUGAAGUUUUGCCUCCUAAAACAAAAUGCAAAGAGAGUGAUCGACAAAAAUGGGGUCAAGCAGAAUAUUGUGGAGGACUAGUUGAUGUCUCAGGAGCAUUCAGAGACUGCCACUCUGUUGUUGACGCCAAAAUGUAUUUGGAUUCCUGUAUUUUUGAUAUGUGUGCUACUGAUGGAAAUAGGGAGGUUCUAGAAUCGGCAUUUGUUGAAUAUGUCAAUGACUGCAAAGACAAAGGCGUUGGUUUAUGUAAUUGGAGGAGCUUGUUCGGAUGGGAGCCAUUCGCUUGUCAAUCAUUCAGUGUCUAUGUUGGCUGUGCAAGUCCUUGUGCUAAUACCUGCUUAAACCCGACAGCAUCAUCAAGUUGUGAAAGCUCGACAACGGUAGAAGCUUGCGUUUGUGAAGAUGGAUACUUACGUGAUGGUGAUCAUUGCGUUCCAGAAUCUGCCUGUGGUUGUGUCAGAGAUUCUUUCUAUUACAGUCAAGGACAAAAAUUAGAAUUUGGUACUCAAGUUUGUAGUUGUGAUGGAAGAAAUUCGUUCAGAUGUCGAUGUAAGGAUGGCUAUGAGCCGGACGGACCCUCCUCUUGCAAGCGAAUUGAUUCAACAGAAGGUGAAAUUGGAAGAUAUUGCCUUGAAAUUCGAUCACGAAAUGCAGAGGCUGCUUUUGAAGAUCCAAACUUUUUCACAAAUUUUGUUGAUGAGUUGAAAGAAGAUUUGAUGAAAAUUUGGAAAUCAUAUUCCGGAUUCAUGAGGGCGGAAUUCGGAGUUCAAGCUCAGACGCUAGCUGACGGAACAGUUCAAGCUACAGUUAGAGUCACCGUCUGGGUUACGUUAUCUGGUCAAAACCGAGGGGUUACGGUUCAAGAUCUUGUUCGGCAUUUUGUUCAGAGUAACGCAAGAAAAAGCAACUUUAUUGGUACUCCCAGAGAAUGUGGUUCUGUCACCCGCCCAAUCAGAAUUUCAAACCCAUGUGUUGAAAAAUACAGGAGGGACUGUGGACAACAUGCAAUAUGUAGUAGUGAAUCUGGUCAAGCUGAAUGCAGAUGCAUUGCAGGAUAUGAUGGAGACGGAUUUAUUUGUGACCGUGUAGUGAAGGGACCAUGCGCAGCUACUCGAGACCAGUUACUUGCUUCAGACAUUCAAGAUGCUUUUAUCCCAGAUUGUGACGUAAAGGGAAAUUAUAAAAAACGUCAAUGUAAUUCAUUUGUUCAAAUGUGUUUCUGUUAUCAUCCUAUAACGGGAACUGUGAUGCCGGGAACAGCUAUGUUAGAAACUGAGUUCAACUUGAAUUGCGACGCACCACCAGAUCGAGGUAUAUUUCCUGAAGUAAGGACAGUUGCAGAGUAUUGUUUACAAAUUAAGUCAGCGGAUGCUUCACUAGCUGUAAACAAUCCAAAUUGGUUUGAUCAAUUUGUGGGCUCAUUAAUUGACGAUUUGAAAACAAUAUGGCGAACAUUCAAUGGAUUUAUGAGGGCUGAAUUCGGGGCUCAAGCUCAAACUAAGCCAAAUGGAAUGGUGCAAGCUACACUCACAGUCAGGGUAUGGAUUGACCUUAAUCAAAGAGGUGAAGUUAAGGUCGAAGAUCUCAUUCAGCAUUAUAUUCAAACUUCAGCCACUAAAGUAAGGUUCAGUGGAACGCCAACUCAGUGCGGUUCUACCGAAGUUAUAUCUAACGAUCCUUGUCUUGAGCGACAUGGAAAGAGUUGUGCAAAACAUGCUAAAUGCGUAAGAGAUAAAGGCGAACACAAAUGUGUCUGCAACGAAGGAUAUACUGGCAGCGGAUUCAAAUGUAGAUCGGCACGUGUGAGGAGAGCAGUUUGCCGAGCAUGGGGUGAUCCACAUUACAACACAUUUGACAAAAGUGGAGUUUAUGAUUUUAUGGGAAAAUGUAAAUACAUUAUGUCGGAGACGAGACUACCACGAUCAGACAAUCGGUGGUAUCGAGUUGUUGCUGAAAAUGAAGUUCGUGGUAAAAGGACCGAUGUAUCAUGGUUGAAAAUGGUUACAAUCUAUCUGAACGGACCUGAAGGUGAUUUUGUGAUUACGAUCGAAAAAGGUGGAGUUGUCACGGUAAAUGGCAACAACGUAAUAGAGGCAGAGACACCAUUUUUCUCGAUUAAGAGGUCAGGAAAGAAUAAGGUUACUGUUACCACUGCUAAUGAUGUUUGUAUUUCGUUUAAUGGAGAAGGAAUGACCAUCAAAGUUCCAGAAAGCUACAUGAGUCAAUUAUUUGGCCUAUGUGGUGAUUACAAUGGUAAUCCUGAUGAUGAUUUGAUGAUGGAAAACGGGGCAAUGGCGAGAAAUUAUGACGAAUAUGCUGUUAGCUAUCAAUAUGGUGAUUGCGAUGAAAAGAUACCUCCCAAAUUUGUGUGCUCCAAAGAAGACAGGCAAAAAUGGUCCGGUGCAGAGUUCUGUGGAUUGCUUAUAAACAAAAAGGGAACCUUCCGUGACUGUCAAGAUGUAGUCAGUAAUGAAGAAUAUUUCCAAUCGUGCGUAUUUGAUGUUUGUGCAACGGGAGGAGACGUUAAAGCUUAUGAAAGUAUUUUGGAAGAAUAUGUCACAGAGUGCAAAGAGAAUGGAGUUGAUCUUUGUGAUUGGAGAAAAAAUGCAGGACGAAAACCUAUUACUUGCCCCGCUCAUAGUAGAUAUGAAGGCUGCGCAACCACCUGUCCAAACACUUGCUUCAAUCCUACCGCAUCAGCCAGUUGCAAUGAUCCAACGACUGUAGAAGACUGCGUAUGUAACCCGGGAUAUGUGCGUGAUGGAAACCGUUGUGUCAGGAUGUCGGAUUGUGGAUGCAUCAAAGAUAACACAUAUUACGGAAGAGGUGAAGUUGCGUAUUUUGACUCACAAAUAUGCACAUGUGUGAGAAGAAAUGAAUUUGAAUGUAGAUGCAGACCAGGAUAUCAACUUGAUGGAAAUUCUUGUAAAAUGCGAUACGAGAGAGGUACUUGUGCUUUUCAAAGAGCUGAAAUAAUGAGUGCAGGGGAAUCAGGAAGUUUUGUUCCUGAAUGCGACAAAGAAGGACACUACAAACGAAAACAAUGCUACACAUUUACAAAUCAAUGCUUCUGUGUUCACAAAACAACUGGUGGUGUCUUUGCAGUAACAGUCAUGAAUUUGGAUGAGUUUGAUCUUGAUUGUGAUAAUCUACCUGAUAACUGCUUAUAUAGAAAUGCAGCCAUGAUAGCAGAUGGAAAAUUUGAGUUUAACCUUCCUACAUGUGAUGAAAAAGGAAAUUUUGAUACGAAACAAUGUCCCGAAGAUGACGAAGAAUGUUAUUGUGUUGAUCAAAUGAAUGGAGUUGAAGUUUAUGGAACAAGAAAAAAAUCCGAUAUGUUUGAUAUGAAUUGUGAUAAUUUGCCUCCAAAUUAUGGAAGAUGUAGAAAACAACAUAACAAACCAUGUGAUGAUCAUGCAACAUGCAGAGCUAGAAACAAUGGCUUUGAAUGUAUUUGUAAUAAAGGCUUUACUGGUGAUGGAUUCACAUGCACAGGCCAGAAUCAAUGCCAGAUUACAUUCUCAAGAAAUUGUCAUCCUAGAGCGGAAUGUAGUAAGAGAGGAACUGGUGGGAAUUACAGGUGCAGGUGUCUUACAGGAUAUGUCGGCGAUGGGUUCAAUUGUACAGCAAUCUCUCAGAUGUGCAGAGGAACCCUUGGUAGGAAUUGUCAUCGACAUGCAUCUUGCCAGGCUUCUGGUCGUUCAUAUCAAUGCAAAUGCAAGCCUGGAUACAUCGGAAAUGGUUUCCGCUGCCAGCCAAUGUCAGAAUGUCAUAUACAAUCUGGAGUUCCGUGUCUUGGAAAUGCAAGAUGUAGAAAAGUGGAAGGUGGACAUAAGUGUGUUUGCAACAAUGGAUAUCAAGGAGAUGGAAACAUUUGCAUAAAGGUGGACAAAUGCGAAGAAAGAUACGGUCAGCAAUGCGCUAAAGAUGCUGAGUGUGGCAGAGGCAAGAAUAAAAAGCAAUAUGAAUGUAAAUGUAAAGCUGGAUAUACUGGAAAUGGCCUUGAAUGCAAAGUUAUGAGUCAGUGUCACAAAAUCUUCAAACAACCAUGCGACGAGAAUGCGAAUUGUAGACGAGUGGGAACAACAUAUCGCUGUGUGUGCAGAAAUCAAUAUGGAGGGGAUGGUUUCUCAUGCAGAGAGAUGUCUGAAUGUGAGAGGCUUGGACACGGCAAGUGUCACAAAAAUGCAAAUUGUGUGAGGGACGGCAAAUUGCACAUGUGUAAAUGUCAGGGAGGAUACUGGGGCAAUGGUUACCUUUGCACAGCUGGAAAUCCACCAACCGAUCCUUGUCACAGACAAUUUGGAAAGCCUUGUCAUCGUGAUGCAAGUUGUGUAAUGAAAGGCGACAAAUCUCAAGAAUGCAAAUGCCAUGAUGGCUAUGUUGGUGAUGGAUUGGAAUGCGACGCCAUUGACAGAACAAUUUGCUUCAUCAACCUCGGACGGUCAUGUGCCAGAGAUGCCCUAUGUGUAAUUUUGAUCAAUGGAAAUUAUGAAUGCCGUUGCAAACCAGAAUACUUCGGCGAUGGUUAUAGCUGCGAUGACAGAGGUAUAUUUGGAAUUGGUCAACCCGGCCAGCCUGGACAGCCGGGCCAACCUCGCCAGCCAGGCCAACCAGGACAACCGGGACAACCUGGAAGGGUAGAUAUCCAACCCGGGCAACCUGCUCAACCAGGCCAAACAAUAUUUCGUCCUGGACAACCAGGACAGCCUGGUCAGACUAUAUUCAAACCUGGGCAACCCGGCCAGCCGGGACAACCUGGGAAAGUAGAUAUUCAGCCCGGACAGCCAGGCCAGCCAGGGCAAACAAUUUUUAGGCCAGGACAACCUGGACAACAAGGGCAGUUUAACUUAGUUUCCAGAUAUCCAUGUUACUUUUAUCUGGGGCAGUUCUGUCAUCGGUAUGCAAGCUGCGUUUCUGUAGCUGACAGGUACCAAUGUAGAUGUUGGAGAGGAUUUUCAGGAGAUGGAUUCAACUGUGCAUACGAACCAAUCAACGCUUGUCACAGCAGAUUUGGACGAACUUGUCAUCAAAAUGCUGAGUGCGUAAUGCUUUCGGAAAAUAAUCACCAAUGUAUAUGUGCUAAUGGUUUCUUUGGAAAUGGUUUCAAUUGCCAGGCCGAUCCUAGAGACGAAUGCGAACGACGUUUUGGGCAAAAGUGCAGCAUUGACGCUAAUUGUGACUUGAUGGCUGAUGGACGACAUCAGUGUGUGUGCAACCAAGGUUACAUGGGCAACGGAUUUGUUUGCCAAGCUCAAAGUGAAUGUAUGAGGCGUUAUGGAAUUGAAUGUCACGUCCACGCGGGAUGUGAGGAUGAUGGAACUGGCUUCUACAGCUGUCAGUGUCGUGGAGACUAUGUUGGAAAUGGAUUCAACUGCAUGGAACGAAGUGGUUGCCACAAACAACUGAACCGAGCCUGUCACCAAGACGCUUUCUGUAGAAAUCUAGAAGGAGGCGGCUAUCAGUGUCAAUGUCGUGAGGGAUUCGAGGGAGAUGGAUCCGCUACUUGUAACGAGCUUUUCUGCCAAAGACCAAGUGAUAUCAACCAAGGAACCGUUACUCCGUCCGUUGGAAAAUAUCCGAUAGGAUACGUUAUAACGUACAUUUGCGAGAGAAAUCAUUAUCUUGUUGGAAAUCCUACCAGAGCCUGCCAAACAGAUAGAUCGUGGAGUGGAUUGCCGCCAAUGUGUACAAGAGAUGGACAACCCGGCCAGCCUGGGCAACCAGGUCAACCUGGGCAGCCGAUUCAAGUUGGAGGAGGAACUGUUUUUCAACCGGGCCAAGGCGGCCGAAUUGAUUUCCAACCUGGACAACCAGGGCAAGGUGGCCGAAUCGAUUUCCAACCUGGACAACCUGGCCAAGGUGGUCAAAUUGAUUUCCAACCUGGACAACCUGGCCAAGGUGGCCAAAUUGAUUUCCAACCUGGACAACCAGGUCAAGGUGAAGGUGGAAGAAUAGAAAUACAGCCAGGUCAACCAGGCCAAGGUGGUCGAGUUGAUUUUCAGCCGGGACAACCAGGUCAAGUUGGAAGAAUUGAUAAACAGCCUGGACAGCCAGGUCAGGGUGGAAAAAUAGAAUUUCAGCCUGGCCAACCGGGUCAAUUUGGAGUUUUCAGUUUAAAUCCUUGGCAACCUGGACAAGAAGGAGACAUUACAUUUAGAGAUGAAUGCCACAGAUAUUUUGGAUUACCUUGUAACAGAAAUGCAGAUUGUGUACAAUAUGAAUCUGGCAUUUACCAUUGCAGAUGUCUCGAUGGCUUUUUAGGAGAUGGAAUUAGCUGUCAAGAUGCUCCAGCGAGAGGACCGUGCGCGACAGCAUUCCUUCAAGAUUGUCAUAGGGAUGCAGAAUGCAGAAGUGAUGGAGUUGGUAAUCCUGUAUGUACUUGCAGAUUCGGAUAUGAAGGAAAUGGUUUGCAAUGUAAAGCAAAAACUUGUCAACGACCAAGGGAUAUAUGGCAAGGCCGGGUUGUUAAUACUGAAGGCUUAUAUUCGUUGUACGAUAUCGUUACUUAUGAAUGUUAUGAUGGCUCAAGACCACAUGGAACUAUUUUGCGAAUGUGCACGCCGCAAGGAACCUGGACUGGAUCGGAGCCAACUUGCUUUGACCCACAGACUGGGCAAGGGGGGCAAUCAGGCUUCAUUGUGACACAGCCAGGUCAGACCGGACAAUCAGGAUUUGUUGUAGUCCAACCUGGACAACCAGGCCAGCCUGGAUCUACUGUGAGACAACCAGGACAUUCUGGCCAACAGACUGGGCAAGGAGGCUUCAUUGUGACACAGCCAGGUCAGUCAGGGUUUGUUGUAGUUCAACCUGGACAACCAGGCCAGUCUGGAUUUACUGUGACACAGUCAGGACAUCCUGGACAGACAGUUGAGUCACAGCAGGGUGGUGGUCAUCAAGGACAAGGUCAGCAGGGUACAACGGGUCCUGGAUGCCCUCAACCUAAUCCCAUUACAAACGGAAGAGUACUGUCUAACCAAGCAGUAUACAGUUUCGGAAACGUCGUGGCAUAUAAAUGUGAUGAAGGCUUUGUAUUAGUCGGAAAUGAAUUUAGAACAUGUAAAGAGGACGAGUCAUGGACUGGAUCUGAUCCUUAUUGUCAAGAAGGUUCUAUAGCUGCCACCCAUUCCGAUGAGAUGGGUGUAACGAUAACUCGACCCGGGCAACCCGGUGAAUUAGCCUCAGCUGCUGAUUGUGCAGCUUAUUUUGGAGAAUUGUGCAGUGAUUUUGCCAACUGUUGGGCUACUGGUGGUGGAAAUUACUUGUGUCAAUGUAUGCAAGGAUACCAUGGAAAUGGAUUUGACUGCCAAGCUAAUACACAAACAGAAGAAAUGACUGUAUCUCAUGAAUCUGGAAUGAAAACUACUCAUUGUUCAAAACCGAGAAAUAUUCGUUUCGGAAAGAUUGCAACCAGUGAUAAUAAUUUUACGUUGAACACAAUAGUGACAUACUCAUGUCCAUCCGGAUAUCAAUUACGAGGAGACAGGCAACGCACAUGUAAAUCUGAUGGGAAUUGGUCUGGAAAAGAACCAAGCUGCAAACAUAUUUAACUCCAGAAAGGAAGACAGUGCUUGAUGCAGUUCAGAAGCAAACAUACACAAUAUAACCUUGAUGAUACAUAUUCUCAAAAGAAAUACUAAGGGUUAAUGCAUAUUAUCAUUGUUUGUGUAAUUAAAUGGUGAAAUAAAAUCGUGACUUAAUGUUCACAAUACGCUUAAA